GUGACUCUUUCGUAUGACUCGUUGUUCGGGCUUCGGUUCAGUGAUUCGAGCUGCACAAGGGCGCGUGCUGUGUGCUCGAAGUCGUCUUUGACGUCUGCUGACAUGUGAGAGGACUCAUUCGGAUGAAACUUUCAAGUCAGCGGACUCGAACCCAGUCUUGUCUAUUUUGCCAGCUAAUCAUCAGCCGUUAUUAGUGGUUUUAUCCGAGUCAAAGUGACUUGAAGGACUCUCUCAUCUUUCCAUUUGGAUUCUGAUUUCUGAACAAAGAGGAUGGAGGAGUUUAUCGUCACCCACAAUGGCACCGAGGCGAAUUCACCGUCGGCGACGAACGAAGAGGAGACGUCCGGCAUCCCCCUGAGCACCGGCAACGGGAAUAAGGGCCGGCACCACUUCACCGUGGAGGAGGACAUGGCGCUGCUGCAUCUGAUUGUCGAGCGGAAUCCCUUCGGGGUGCGCGGACAGCGGGGCGCGGUGUGGGAUGAGAUCGAGACGGCGCUGCACGAGAUGGGCUACGACUGCACCAUUAAAAGCUGUCAGGAUCGCUUGGCCCGGCUGCUGCGUACGAUGCAGUCGGAAGAUGCCAUGCGCAAGUCGGUGUGCGGUCAGACGAUGCAGACCAACGCCGAGAUGAUGCAGCUGCUGGAGGAGGUCAUCCGGCUGAAGAGCAAUGGCGGCGUGUCCAUUGUCGGUGAGAUCAAAACGGACCGCAGUCCGCGCCCACCGGUAGAACGGAAACCGGUCAUCCGGCAGACGGUUACCGCGAUGCCGCUCACGGCCGACAGCGUGGCCUAUGUCCAGUCUAAUAAGCGGACACACGACCAUCGUGGAAUCCGCCGAUCUCCUGGCUCCUCCUUCAAGAUCCAGCGUCUCUUUGCCGACACCGGUGACCAGGGAAUGUAUCAGAAACAGAAAUUAGCGCUAAUGCGCGAACACCUCGAUCUCGAAAUGCGCAAAGUCCAGCUGAGCGAACUCAAGUUCAAAAAAGACACCGAACUGGAAGAACUGCGCCUCAAGAUCGAAGCCGACAAAGUGGAGAUGGAGACGCGCAAGGUGAGUCUGGAGCGCGAGAAACUGGACAUGGAACGGCGGAAACAGGAUCUGGAGAUCGCCGAACGGACACAGCAUCUGGAGACGAUGAAGCAGCAGCAACAGGUCCUCUUCCAACUGUUAACCAAGAAACUGAAUGCCGAUGGCUGAGAAUUUGUCAUCUGGUCGUUGUUGAUUAUUUUUACUGUACAGUAUUAUUUAAUAUUUUUAUAGUGCUAUGAAAUAUUAUACGUUUGUUGAUUAUUUCAUUUAAAACAUGUCAAUGCAAAUUAAGUACGUUAUUACUUGCGCGAGUUUGACGGUUCUCUGUGCAUGAUUGCAAAACGAGCUAAAAAGUGACCUUACGAUCUGAUCUUUUGUCAUAGAAAAUAUGAAAGAUUUGUUGUGUAUGAAAAUACAAAAUUGAAAAAUGAAACUUUUACCAGCUUGCAUCAGUUACAUACUGUAAUUCUCACAUUAUUGAAUAAUUCACUGAUUGGUACAAAUUGAUUGAUUUAUGGA